AUGAUAGAGCCUCGGGAACUCAUCGAGCCUGCUGUGGUGCUCGUCAUCGUGGCGCAGAAGGCAGCAAUAUCAGGAACGGCCUGCUUUGGAGGGCGUCGCGCCGGGGAUCAUUGGAUGAGGACAGGGAGGGACUCAGGGCACCAGCAGGCGAGAGCUUGCGGGGUGGAGAAGCGGUUCAAGCUCGUGCCAGUGGCGCGAUUACCGUACGACUCAGAAAAUGUUUGCGCGGCCGCCAUGGCGCGACGCACCGCGUGGAGAACCCGCCGACGCCGCAUUGCAGUCCCUCCCAUCCGCGGCUUCGUUCGGCGCCUCGUAUCCUCCCUCAUCCUCGCCGCUCUCCUCCUCUGCGCGGCCCUGCCCCGCUGCGUGCUCGCCUGUGACUCGAUCCAACCCGAGCCUUUUCCCUCGCUCGCCGCUCACCUUUCCGCCCCGCCAUCGCCGAUUAACCGGGGCGCGGAGUUUCGGGAGUCGCAUGCGACACGUGUCGCCGACGGUGGGGACCGGGGCGACGAGAGCGAGCAGAGAGAUAGCGAGCGGCGAGCUACACGACAUGGCGCAUCGUUGCUGCUUCUGCUGGCGGGGCAGGAAGGGCUGGGGCAGGAAGAAACGAGCGACGGGGGUUGGACGGACGGCGCGCGGGCAAGAAUGGGAGACGCAGCGGUAUCAGCGGCAGAGGAGUCAGCGGCAGCGGCGGCAGUGCCCGUUCCAGCGGAGCCGUCAACGGCGCACUGUUACUGCCCUAGCGACGACUGGGACGACACUGGCGACGACUGGCACGACACUGGCGACGACUGGCAGCACAGCGCGGAGGCAUGGGCAGCGGAGGACGCGCGUGGGGCGGGGAUGGGAGAGACGGGCAGCGGCAGCGAUGCGGGCGUCGUAACGCGAGGCGAGGGCGGCGAUGCAUGGCCGGCAGCAGGGGCGCUACGGCUGCCUAGCGAGAGCGCUCGGCCGCUCGGCGUGCGGAUGGUGGUCGAGGCGGGCAGCAGGCAUGGCAGCGACAGCAACGUGGGUGGGGAACGGCGCAGCGACGGGCUAGACAGGGGGGGUCUGCACCCGCGUCAAGGGGCGGGUGAACCGGAGACGGCUGGAGCAAUGGCAGUGUGUGACGGAAUGCGCGGGUGUGCGGCCGGAGCGGAACACGCGGUGGGCUUGCUCUUACCCACGUCGCAGGUCACGCACCCCGGCGCCGUUCACUCAGAGCACCCUCAUGCCCUUCUACUCAGUGCGCAUUCCGAACAAGGGGCCUCUGCGCUCAUCCACAGCGUCGCCUCUCCAGCCCUCCCGGCGUACAGCAUUCUAACGGCGCCGCCGGCCAGUACGCGAGUCACCGGGAAGGGGAUAAGGAAGCGUGUUAGGAGCGAGCAGCGGCGCCUGCUUGCGCUCUACGCGCGCCACAUGUCCGGACCUGGCCGCUGGGUUGGGCCCCUCCCGGACGUCCCCAACGGCGGGUCCUGGGUCUUUGCGCCGCUCCGCUCCCCCCUGCACGUGCGCUCGUUGGCGCAAAUCCCCCGCAGCUUCCCCCUGUUCGACGCGGAAGCCGCCUGCCGGCUGCAUCUAGUGGUCACCGACGCGGAUUCCUUCCGCCGAUGGCUGCCGCCGCCGAACGCCACUGGCGCAACCACCCCGGCGGAGGUCGAGCAGCCGCGGAGUUCAGGUGCGCGCGCGCUUUCUGCCUCCCUCGCGCCUCCUGCGCCUCACGCGCCCCCGCAGCCGCCACCGGCGCAGACAGUGGGGGGAAGGCGGAGCGACGCUGCGCCGCUGGUGGUGCUGAGCACGAGCACUUUCUCCACUGGCGCAGGCGCGGGGGGGAUUGCGGGAAAGCAGGGCACCGUGGUGCAGCUGUGGGCGGAGAGGGACGACCACGAGGGGGGAGGGCAGGCGGACCUGGGGCUUGAACUGGGGUUGAGACUGGGGCUGGGGCUGGGGUCGGGGGGGGAAGGGCAGCGCGCGGAGCAAGGGGCGGAGACGGAUGCUUGGAGGGCGGGGAGCGGGGAGAGGAGGAGCUUGCUGGCAGCUGACGCGUGCAGAGGCUGGGGGGGCUGGUGGGACCAGGGGGAUGAGGAGGCGAGCGGAGGGCUGCUAGGGUCUGGGGAAGGGAAAGAUACGGGGAGCGAGAGCGCGGCGGAGGGCGCGGGGCCGGGGUUGGGCGCGGGAGAGGGCGUGGGCAGUGAGGAGCGGGAGUGGGUGUUGCGGUGGACCAUGUGGAACGUGCAUGGCACGGAUGGCGCUAGAGAUGACUGGGCGCCAGGGGACGGACUGCCCGCAGAGUGGCCGGCGCUGGAGGCAGGCGAGGCAGCGAGGCUGGAUGCGCUGAUUGCGACGCAGCUGGGCAGGGAAGGAGGGGGAGGGGGAGAGGAAAGGGGAGCGGGAAGGGAACGGAGACAGUUGAAGGAUGCAUAUGAGGGCGAGAUGGAGAUAGCGAGUGAGUUCAAGGCUGGGGUUGACGCGGAGAGGGGUAGGCGACUCAUGGAGGGAGAAGCAGGGGUGUCGUUGCAUGUCAACGCGCAAGGGGCUGGCCCACAGGCCGGCGAGCUACUCUCCUCCUCUGAAAUGCACACAGACACUGGUGCCAUGGCGACGACUCACCACCCACCACCACCCGGUACCGCUUUGCAAACCCCUCUGCCGCGGACCAGCCAGCGGUCGCUGGACGUGAAGGUGGCCAAGGAGGAGAUCGAGGCGGCGAUCGCGGCGGCGCUGGCAGCGGCGCACCAGCAGCGCGUGCUGCUGGCGCUCAACAUCUUUGCGCCCGUGGUGCGCGUCGUCGCCCCCCACAUGCCCCCUAUCACCCUUGUAGAGCGCCUCGCCAAGGCGCGCUCGUUGCACCCGCUGCUCGCGCACCUGCUGCGCCUAGACGUGCACAUUCAUGAGGUGGAGCUGGUGGUGCGCGCGGAACCCGCGCCUCCGCCUCCGCCCUCGAGCGGAGUGCGCGGGAGCAACCUGUCCGCGCUCACGCGGGGGCAUUUCGAUGUGUGGAGCGCGGGGAGUGGGAAGCAGCUGGCGGCGGGGAAGGUGCUGCAGCAGUGGGACGCGUAUGACGUAGUGAAUGUGACUUCUGGGGACGUGGGGCGCGACUGGCGCUUCUCCUCCCUUGCCUACAAUUUCGAACCUGUUAAGCCUCCGCGCCCACCGCCUCCGCCCUCCCCGCCCGCCCCCCCUCCGCCCCCGUCCCCUCCGCCGUUUCCCCCGCCCGCGCCCUCGCCCCCACCGCCGUCCCCUCCGCCUCCCGCCCCUCCGCCCCCUCCUUCGCCUCCGCCUUCGCCUCCGCCGCCCAGCCCGCCUCCCCAGCCGCCGCCCCCUAGCCCUCCGCCUUCUCCUCCCCCUCCGCCCCAGCCCCCACCGUCACCCCCACCGUCUCCGCCACCCUCGCCCCCACCAAACCCUCCGCCCCCACCACCGCCCCCCUCUCCUCCUCCUCCUUCUCCCCCUCCCUCGCCGCCUCCCCCUUUUCCGCCUCCUCCUUCCCCUCCGCCCAGCCCUCCUCCCUCCCCGCCCCCACCUUCGCCCCCCCGUCCGCCAUCUCCACCGCCCCCGUUUCCCCCUCCGUCACCUCCCCCGCCCUCAUCUCCUCCCCCUAGCCCUCCUCACCCACCUCCCUCCCUUCCCCCAACUCCCCCGUCCCCCCCACCGUCCCCCCCUCCCUCACCUCCUCCCUCACCUCCUCCCUCUCCCCCUCCACCGUCCCCUCCCCCUCCUCGCCCUCCUUCCCCGCCUCCUCACCCACCACCCCCAAACCCUCCCCCUUCUCCACCCCCGCCGUCCCCCCCUCCACCGUCCCCUCCGCCGCCCCCUUCCCCCCCUCCCCCACUCGCGCCCCUCUCCCCCGCCGACGCCCGCCUGGGGAUCAUCCAAUCCCUGGGCGAGUGGCAGAGGGCAAUAGCAGCGCAGCAGCUCACGGCAGCAGCAGAAAUCUUCUCCCCCACAUGCCUCCUCCUCACGCCCACCCUCCCGCUCCUCACCCUCGCCUCCCUCUCCGACCGUCUGUCCGCGCUCCAGCUACUACCAGCAGGGUGCGGCACAGAGCAGCUAUUCGCAGCGGUGCUGGCGGUGGGGGUGUUUAAUGGGGUGGGGGACGACAGGGACCUUGGGGGGGCGUACCUGGUGCUCAGCACGGGCGUGUUCAGCUUCUCUGCGCCUGACGGCGCUGUGCUGGAGUCUGCUAAUGCCGUGGCGCUCUGGGAAGUGAGGGACAGGGCGCGGGAGGCGCAGGGGCAUGGCUGGGGCAACGGCAGGGGCAGGAGCAGUGGCAACGGUAGGGAUGUGGUAGAAGCUGUGGCGGAUGGGGAGGUGGUGGGAGCGGGUGGGUUACGUAUGGUGAGUGGUGGGGGAGGAGGGUUGUCGGAUGGGGUAUCAGAUGGAAGGGAUGGCAUGCACCAGGCAGCGCACAUAAGGCAGCUGUUUCAGGAAGACGUGAACCGCCGGCGGUUGCAGGAGCAGGGGCAGGGGCAGGGGCAGCAGAAGCAGCAGAAAGAGGGGCAGCAGCAGCAGCAGUGGUGGCGGCCCCAGGAGGCGAGUCAGAACGGCCAGCUGUGGUCUGCGCGAGUGGUGGUGUGGAACUCGAGGCUCUCAGCCUUCCCCCCAGGCCGCGGGCAAGGCACGGGCAUAGAAGACGCACUUAACUUGCUCUGGCUCCUCCCGCCCCUCCCACCCUCCCCUCCCCUCUCUGCCUCCGCCCCGCCUCGCCUCUCCCUUUCACCUGUGCCUUCUGGACCUCUUCCCUUGAUCUCACUGCAGGCGUCUCUGGCACCAGCAGUGGCAGCACCACCUAUCCCUGCUGCCGCUUCCCUUGAACCACUCGCACUGCCACAGCCUGUGCUUCCAUUGGUACUUCCGCAGGUGGCGCGGGUGGGAGGUGCAGGGCUGUCUGGUCAGGCAGUGGGAAAGGGCGUGCUUAUGCAAGAGGCAGCAGGAGGAGGAUACGCAGAGGCGCAGGAAGAGCAGGGGGGAGGGGCUGAGGCGCCAGGGCUAGAGGACAGGGAGGAGGGGUUGGGAGGGGGGCUGAUGCUGGUGGAAGAGAGCAGACAGCAUGCAGAGGGGAUGGGUGUGAGGAGACGCGUGCAGCUGGAAAUGGGCGUGGCGGGGCAGGGAGAGUUGGGGGAAGGGGUGGGGGUAAGGUUGGAGGAAGUAGGAAGGGGCGGAGGGCACGGGGCGUGGGGGCGGGGCAGGGGGCGGGGGGGGUUGCUGAUUGAGCAGGUGGAUGGCGUGUGCUGGGUGCAGGCACAGCAGCGGGGCGCGCAGGGAGAGGCGCAGCAGCAGGGGCGAGGGGAGGCGAUGGGGGUGGAGCGGUGGGGGAGGGGAGCAGGUGGGAGGGCAGGGUGGGAAAGGUGGGAGAGGUGGGUGCGGUGGGUGAUGCGGGCAGUGGCACGGGUGGUGGUGGGGGGCGUGGUGUGGUGGCAGCAGGCUCGCGAGAUGCUUCCCGUGCUUGGAUCCUUGCAGUAUGAGAGUGGCGUGCAGAGGCUGGGAUCGGGAGGAAGGGGGUGUGGAGCAGGGGAGGGGUGUGGGAGCAUUGACGGUGGCAGUGAUGGGGUGAUGCAGCAGAGUGUGAGGGAGCAGAGUGGAGAUAUGCAGCAGCACGGGCAUAGGUUACAGGCACCGUUGCUCAUCGUGCCAUUUGCAGGGCCGGGGGCGAUCAGUCGCAGCAGGAAGGAUGCUGGUUUGGAAACAGUGAUCGGCACAGGACACCCAGGCGUCAUGCAUGCAAGCACCAGCAGGCUUCACAGCACUGCUCCUCAAGCUGAUCCCACGCCCCCCUGGCCCCUCAUGCAUCACGCAGCAAGCACCGCUGCUGCCUCUCUCACCGCUGCUCCCUUCCCCACCUCUCCCCCACCAUCUCCCCACACCAAGCCACCGGUUCCCCCGACCGCCCCUCGCUCGCCGCUCGAAGCCAACGCAUCGGCCAUCAGGGGGGAGAUUGCUGUCUCGCUGCGCUGCUGGCGGCAGCACGUGCAGGCGAGGGAUGAGCAGCGUGCUGCUGCCAUCUUCGCCCCGGUUACCUCCCUCACUGCCCCCGGCCACGACCCCCUGCUGCUCCCAGACCUGCCCUCCAAACUCACUGCCAUCAAACCCUUUCUAGAGGGGCGAGCGGUGGUGCGAGUGCGGUUGGGCGCGGUUCAGGUGGUGAAGCGGGGCGUGCAGCCGGGGCAGGCGGUGGCAGUGGUGGCGCAGGGGGAGUUUGAGCUGAGUUGGCGCGGAGAAGCAGAGCGGGAGUGGAGAUUACCGGGCAAGGGAAUGAUGCUGUGGGAACCCAGAGAGGCACCGGCCGUGGCAGCGUGGCUGGAUGGAGAGACGCCGUGGAACGGGAAGAUGGCUGCUGAUGCUGCUGGGGGAGGUUAUGACUUGGUGGAUGGUGCGCAUGGCCAUCUGGAACUAUGA